GAUAUGUGCCAUUAAUAACAAAGAUGGCUAACAUUAUUAUCAGAAUUUUUGUGUAGCUGAAAAUUAUCAAGUUUCUACAUAAAAUCAUGGCACAAAUAAGGAGGGUACAACCAUCAACAUGCGUGACCCCCAACGUUAAUGAUUAUCCAUAUGACUCCAACUCAGAUCAAGAUGAGCCUAUGAAUCAAGAAGUACCCGAAAGCUACAUCAGCCAUGUCAAAUUCAAAAAGCGACCAAUCACAACAAAUGAUCAUAAUUGGCAGGCGACAAAAUCAACAGUGCGUGAACGUAAUGCUGUAAUGUUUAACAAUGAUACCAUGGCAGAUGUUUUCUUCAUUGUUGGUUCAAGGCUCCCACAAAGGAUACCUGCUCAUAAAUAUGUAUUAGCCAUUGGGAGUUCUGUUUUCCAUGCAAUGUUUUAUGGUGGUUUAGCAGAACAUGGGCAUAAAGACAUUGAAAUUCCUGAUGUUGAACCACAAGCUUUCCUAAACCUACUGAAGUAUUUAUAUAGUGAUGAGAUAGAACUUGGGGCAGAUACAGUUCUAGCCACACUCUAUGCUGCAAAAAAGUACAUUGUACCCCACCUAGCUAGGUCAUGUGUGCGCUACCUUGAGACAAGCCUCAGUGCAAGGAACGCAUGUGUCCUGCUCAGUCAGAGUAGAUUGUUUGAGGAACCUGAUCUAAUGCAACGAUGCUGGGAGGUUAUCGAUGCCCAAGCUGAGGAGGCUGUAUCAUCUGAUGGGUUUGUAGAUAUAGAUCUACCCACUCUAGAGUUAGUUCUCUCUAGGGAAUCUCUGAACUGUAAAGAGAUAUCCUUAUUUGAAGCUGCUUGUUGUUGGGCAGAAGCUGAGUGUAGGCGUCGUGACCUUGAAGCUAAUGCGCAUAAUAAACGUCUGGUUUUGGGCAAAGCAUUGAAUUUAUUACGCCUCCCAGCAAUGAAACUGGAUGAUUUUGCAAACACUGUUGCUCAGUCAGACAUACUUAAUUUACAGGAGACUAAUGACAUAUUCCUGUAUCAUACUGCUAGAAAUAAACCCCGCUUGGCCUUCCCUACAAGUCCAAGACGAGGCUUACAACCUCAUAGAUGUCACAGAUUUCAAUCAUCAGCUUAUCGCAGUAAUCAAUGGCGGUAUAGAGGACGCUGUGAUAGUAUUCAAUUUGCCGUUGAUCGGCGUGUAUUCUUAGCUGGAUUUGGUUUAUAUGGAUCUAGUAAUGGUGCUGCGGAUUAUGGUGUUAAAAUAGACCUCAAACGCAAUGGAAUCACUAUAUCACAUAUUAAAUCAAGAUCAUUCUAUUCUGAUGGUUCGAGUAAAACUUUCCCCAUGAUGCUUGAUAACCCAGUACAGAUUGAACCAGAUACAUUUUAUACAGUGAGUGCUGUACUAGAAGGCUCUGAGUUGAGUUAUUUUGGCCAGGAGGGUAUGGCUGAUGUACAGUGUGGGAAAGUGAACUUUCAAUUCCAGUGCUCAUCAGACAGUACAAAUGGCACUGGGGUACAAGGAGGUCAAAUACCUGAGCUUAUAUUCUACUGUUAGAGAUCAAUGUCAACUGCUCAGUUAUGAACAAUAUUGUUAAAAUUUCAAUAUAAAUGUACAGGGUGUUCUAUUGUAAUAAUUUGGGUACUGUAGCUGCCAGUAAAUAUGAGACACUUUGUAUAACUAGUAUAAGUUUAAUGCUCUAUUUAUAAGAGAUUUACCAUAUGUUCCUGUUAUGCAUGUAUAUGUUAUGUUUAUUGGAGGAAAUGCAACAAUAUAAUUGAAGAAUAAAUGCAAGUUAACUUAGAUGUGGUACUAAUUACAAUAUACAGGGUUAUUUAUAUUUUGCACAAAAGUAGUUACUAAUCACCACAUCACAUUAAUCAGUUUUUAAUUAUCCCAACGAAUGAAGUUUGGGAGGGAUAUAGUGAAGCCCUACAUCCGUCAGAUAACUUGAACACUGGACAGAUUUUCUUCAUGGUAAAUAGUUUUAUGCCAUAAUUUUUUCAAGAUCUCCACUUUAAAAGUGUUAGAAAUUUUUCGCGAAAAUCUAUCUAUUUCAUUGACCCCCAGGGGCCAUGUAUGGGGGGUUCGGGAAAACAGGAAUUUUAGUUAAUUUUGAGAUCUUUCUGAAGUAUAGCUUUAUUAUAUUCAAAUGAAAGGCAAAUUAGAGUAGAUUGCAAAUACUAUCAUUCUUCUUAUUUGACCC